CAAUUUAAACUAAUGACCAGUGUUGCUAGGCAACGAAACCCAAACAGGUGUACAACUCAGCGUCCAGGCAGUCGACCAAAGAAUUUGGUGUAGCAAGUUGUCCAAAGUUUUUCCAGGAAACAUUAGAGAAGAGAAGAUCAUUACUUGGUUGGUUCUGUUGCAGACAUAAGCAUGUCUGACGGAAAUACUUCUUACCAAGUGAAAUACACCGAUAGUUUUCCAAACAUACCGAGGGCUGGGAAACUGAGACCUGUAGGUUACGGGACUAAGACCUGCUUACAAGAAGUGCCAGCUCCCCCCACCCCACCAGUGGUUAGGAAAUUCCGCAACAGCACCCAACCAGAACCGGGCGCUAUCAGAGUGCACCAAGGGAAGGCAAAUGAUCCAGAUGUUGCUGGCACUCUCGUUCAUGGUGUCAGCACCAAAUCUUCCCUUGCUGACGGAGACAUCCUGAGUCCUCCCCAAAACACCUUGUUCCAACAGAAGUUGCAGGAGCUCAGUGAAGCGGUUUACGCAUCCAGACAAAAAGCACCUCUGGGCAGGUCACAUGACCAGCAUACUGGACUUCCCACCUGGUAUAAUGACGAAACAACGUUUGGUGUUAAAACAGUAAAAGGUUCGGGUGUAAGUGAAAUUAUUAACCCUUCAAAAACAGCAGAGGAGUUGGAGAUGGAGGCUCAGGAGGGACACAAGGCUUAUAUCCGUAGCCACAAUGCCUAUUUUGUUGGUGAGCAAGUUGACAGGAAGUAUGACUGGAGUCACUGCAGUAGAGACAGCAGGUUUGGGAACCUCACGCCUCAUUUCAACGACGGCCGCAAUCUUAGCAAAACUCUCCGCUGGCUGGGGGAGUCACAGAAGUUUUACAAUCCAAAGCCUGUUUGGAAGAGAUCUAAUGACUUCAGGGAAAAGACGGCGCCACCAAUUGGCAGACUGAACCGCGCGAAAGGAAAUAGCUUGAAAGUUUCGCCGGAUCACACUUUUGGAAUUCUCUUGCCGCCAGAUGAAUUUGGUGUUGGAGGUGUAAUGAACUCCAUGGAGCCAGGCAGGUACACGAGAGGCCGGGACCAGCAGCGCAGUCUGGUCAACGCGGUGCGACACCGACUCAAGAAGGUCAACUUCCAAAACUUCUCCUCCCUGCUGCAGGCGUUCAGGCAUUAUGACAAGAAAGGCAAAGGAAUGAUUGACAAAGAGGACCUGCAGGAGGUGUGCCGUGAGUUUCAUCUGGACGUGAGCGGACCGGUCCUGGAUGAGCUGAUAGAUUACUGCGACACAGAUAAGGACGGAUUAAUCAACUUCUUGGAGUUUGCUAACUUCCUCAACUGGAAGGACAAGAUGCCCAUCAACAGUGAAGAGCAACGCAUCCUCACGAAUAAGCGCCAGACCGGCACGGCACCAGCCAACACAGAGACGAAGCCUUCGUCAGAAUCAGCGCAGCUUCUUGCUUCUAGGGCUUUGAUUGAGCCUGAGGACCUGGAGCCUGUGGAGCCAGGCAGCUCACUGAAAACUGUGCGGACCCUGAGACAACCCAGGGCAGCCCCAGACCACUUCAUCACCUCCUCUUCCAUCAUUGGGGCUGUCGGUGGUGGUCCGUUCACAUCAAGCAGCCGCGCCUUCGGGAUCCCGUCCGUGCGCUCUGACCUCCCAGCUCCACGCAUCAAGAGAGUCAGCGACCCUAACAACUACGGUGAUACAUCCACGGCUGCAGAUCUUCUGCAUCCAUCAGUUCACACCCUCCGAGGUGUUCACGAGCAACACUUCUUCUGUCCUCGCACCAAGACAGAGAUAGCAGAGAUCUUCAGGAAUGUGGAUGUGAAUAUUUCCGAGGAGACGUUCGAGGAAGCGUGGAAGCUGGCGUCAAUGAGGCAUCCAACCGGGGAGGUUUGUGUCGAGGUUUUCCGGAACAUACUCAAUGAAAUAAAGGCAGUGUUGUAGAAAAAUGGUGUUUUACCGGCACGGUGCUUCCUCAUCAGUAAAUAUUUCAGGUGGAAAUGUUGUUGCUCCAAAUGGUUUUAGUUUGAUGGGAGUGCAUUUUUGACAUCAUGAAGAGCGGCUCAGCUUAAAAGGUCUGAGAAUGAUCUCAAUCCAUAAAAGAGGUAUGUUCAUCUCAAGUACAAGUUUUAGUAGUGAAGUUAAAGUUUUCACAUGAUAAUCAUGAUGUGAAAAUCUGAGUUUCUCACUAUCAUUCUCAGUAGCUUAGUUAAGUAAAGCAGUUUGUAAAGUGCAACAAAAAAAGACAUUUUUAAUGCAAAACACAAUGUUUUUUACACUUUAUCUCUGCAAGUGGGACACCUGUUUUGAUACAUCUGGAGCAAUGAAAAACACUUUUUAUUUGUCAUUAUAUUGUUGUUCAUAUAAAUGUAUCAGCUACUGGGGAUAUGAAUAAACAAAUUCAGUACUCAG